AUGAUGCGCUCGUUCCCCGGCUCUCGACUCUCGACAACACCUCGACUCUCCUCCACCGUACCUCAUCGCGAAGAAAGCAGUGGGAUUGUGAGAGAAAAGGCAAGACAGGGUUUUGUUGUUGUUGUUGUUGCUGUUGCUGUUGUAGAGGCAGGACGCUCCGUUGCGGUCAUGUUCUCCCUCACGUCCACGGCCAACCUCCGCCAUGUCACGCCUCUGCCUCGGUCGAUCACGUUUGCGCAGGCCGUCGGCUACCUGCACAACCACGAUUUGCUCAUCCGCCUCGAUCCCGAAUUUGCGUCGUACGAAGUACUCCCCACCGACCCUGCUGUUCCCCAGGCCAAACGCUACCAAGUGACGGACCACAUGCAUGCCCUCCCCGCCGGCCUCUGGGGGACCACCGUCAGCUUUCUUGCCGAGAUGACGGAUGUCGAAGACGGGGUGUUGUGGAGGAUCAAAGCACCGUUGGGCUUGCUGCAGACGACGACGUGGAAGUUGACGAGGACGGAAAGGCUCGAGGAGGACGAGGCCAAGGGUGUUGUGGACGAGGAGCGAGGGGAGUGGAGUUUGGUGGAGGAGGUCGAGAUCAAGGCGAAUCGCCUUCUCACGGGGACUGUCAAGGCCAAGUGCGAGGAGAAUUGGCCGGGGGUACAUGGCAGGUUUGUGGCGCAUUUGAAGGAGGGAGUGGCAAAGGCAUUGGAAGGAAGUGAGCAUGUAGUUGUGUAG